GAGGUGUUGUUGAAGCGAUUGAUGGCAAAAUUGCCAGAGUUGUGUUGUUUCUUGUCUUUCGGUUUCAGCGUGGCAUCGAUUUCCCUAUGCAUGAUGUAUGUAUCCAAGUUGAUAAAAUGAAGUCGAGUAGAUCCGGCACGAUUCGUGCUGGUUUUUGCUGCUCUAUUGGGUCUCUCUGCAACACAAUGUACCAUGUACUGAUUGACGACAUUUAUACAGUACUCUGUCGCCGUUCCCUCUCCGAUCGAUUGAUCAAGUGCAAGGUACCGUGCUAUUMYGUUCCGAUACGCAAAUGUUCCUUUUAUUCUUGUGUUUUGAUAUUCGUGUGUCCUCUUUUUUUCCUUCUAUGCUCUUGUCAUGGCCGUUCUUCCGAUCACAAUUCUUCUGAUCAAAUUCAAAUUCCUAUUGAUAAUAAUCCAUGGCAGCGUCACCAAAUGCCAGGAAUUCAAUCGUCUUCUCGGCARAGUGCCCGGGCGCAUCAUGGAAGGUGUCGACCUUGUGGGGGGCGUCGAACAACUCGAGCAAGGCAUCGACAAUUGGAUUGUUUGCAUUUGCCGCUGUCGCCUUCGUCGGUGCUACUAGUUUCAUUAGCACGACGGCAACAACGAAUGCCACGGAAUAAUUCCAGUGCGAGAUUUUGAUUAAGAACAUGGCGUGAUGGUAUCAAAAUAUGAGGUUGUUUGGAAUGGAGAGAUGUGUGCUUCUGUUGUCGGAGGCUUGAUGAAGCCUGUUUAUCACUUUAGAGUUUGGCAGUUAGAUGAUUUACUCAAGAGGAAUACGGUAGUGCUACUAAUAGAGCUUCCAAAUUAUG